CUCUGGCCCGCCCGGGGCUGCGCUGGUCUCGUUGCCUCGCCCCUCGGCCGCCGCAGCCUCCGUCGCCGCCGAAAGGUUCGAGCUGCAGCCGCCGCUGCACUGGAGCCGCAGAAUCACAGAAAACAAGGAAACAGUUGAGAAGUGUAAAUACUCUUGUGGGGACAUUUCUGAAUAUUCUGUUGAAUCUUCUUAAGAAUUCAGAGAAACUGCCAGUUGACCACCGAAAGAAAGAUCUAAUCUGAAGGCAUACGCAUAUUUGGUCCACCACAUCAGAGCAAUGUCCUACGUUUUUGUAAAUGAUUCUUCUCAGACUAAUGUGCCCUUGCUACAAGCCUGUAUUGAUGGAGAUGUUAACUAUUCCAAGCGGCUAUUAGAAAGUGGUUUUGACCCUAAUAUUCGUGAUAGCAGGGGCAGAACAGGCCUUCACCUGGCAGCAGCCCGAGGGAAUGUAGACAUCUGCCAAUUACUGCAUAAAUUUGGUGCUGAUCUUCUGGCCACAGAAUAUCAAGGAAACACAGCUCUUCAUCUCUGUGGCCACGUGGAUACUAUUCAGUUCUUAGUUUCCAAUGGACUCAAAAUUGACAUUUGCAAUCAUCAAGGUGCUACACCCUUAGUGUUGGCAAAGCGCAGGGGCGUAAAUAAAGAUGUUAUCCGGCUGCUAGAAUCUUUGGAAGAACAGGAAGUAAAAGGAUUUAACAGAGGAACCCACUCAAAGCUGGAGACCAUGCAGACAGCAGAGAGUGAAAGUGCCAUGGAAAGCCACUCACUCCUCAAUCCCAACCUACAGCAAGGCGAAGGAGUUCUGUCCAGCUUCCGAACCACUUGGCAGGAGUUUGUAGAGGACCUAGGUUUCUGGAGGGUGUUGCUCUUGAUCUUUGUUAUUGCUUUGCUGUCUCUUGGUAUCGCCUAUUAUGUGAGUGGUGUGCUACCAUUUGUAGAAAACCAGCCUGAGCUCGUGCAUUAAAGGAGUUCAGGAGAGAGGCAAAUGCUGCUGUCUUGGCUUCCAAUAUUGUUCUCAGUUCCUCAGAAAAUGUUCUCAUAGUUCAAGUCAGUGAGAGCUGUACAUUUUUCUUUUGGCAUUUUUACGUUAUUGUAAUUCUUUUAGAACAGCGUGUUAAUUUGAACUAACUCCAUACUGUAGUCAAACAUACUACAAACAUACUACAUCCUAAAGCUACCUCUGACUUCUUAGGACAGCCUACACACAGUUUUGUUUAAUAAAAACAUGGAAAUGUUGAAAGAAAAAAAGGUAGUUGAAGAGAGAGACUGGGAAGUCAUUGCUAUAUAGAAAGCUUAACUUCAUAUAGGACCAACUAAAGUUCAAAAGGAAAAAUGCUUUCUUCUUUGGUUGGUGGUUUUGUUUUGUGUUUAUUUGUGCAAGUGCUCAGUUUAUCUUUUUUAUUUACAUGAGGGGUGUAGAGGAGAGAAUAAAAGAUGCAGCUUAAAACUUGAAGUGCUUUUUUCAGAUCCUGUAUAGCUUAGCUAUUCAGUAUUCUUGGGAUCUGUUUUGGUUUAUUUAAGUAUUUUUAAGUCUAGUCACAAGCCAAACAGAACUUUUAAAAAUGAACUAUAUUUCCUUCAAAAAUGACUAUUUGAUCUUGUAUUUAUUUGUUUUAGAAUAACUUUUGAUUUAUAAAUUGUUUCAGUAUACUAAAAUCUUAGUAUCUGUGAAAAAUGAACCUGAGUUCACAUUAUUCACUCUUCAGUUCCUUCUAGUGUUUAUUUCAAAGGUAUUCAUCAGAAAUAUAGUCAGAAAGUUUUUUUUGUUGGUUUGUUUUUUUACCAGAGCACUGCUCAGCUCUAGCUUAUGGUGGUGUAGGGGAUUGACCCUGGGACUUUGGAGCCUCAGGCAUGAGAGUCUUUUUGCAUAACCAUUAUGCUAUUUACCCCCUCAAAAGUUCUUUUUCCUACUCAGUUAGCAGAAAAAAUAAUUCUAAUAUUUAACUCUCGUUGAAAUUCUCUUCUGCUAUUAUGUGAAAAAUUCAGUCUUAUAAGCUAGCUAUGUUAUAAUUGUACAUAGCUUAUUAUUAUCUGAUUUUAUGUGGAAUCCCAUUUAGAAAUCUUGUAUGAAUCGUAACAAUUCUAUGUCAGUAAUUUCCUAAUGGCAAGAAUGCAUGGAGUAUGAGUUAACAGCAUUGAGCUCUAGUACUGAAUAUCGUAAACUCUUUGCUAAUGAUAAUUUAUGCAAAUUGAAAUAUGGCUCCCAGACUAUAUUGCAGCAUUCAGCAGCAGUAUAUUUGCAGACCUCUUUUGUUAAUGAUUCUGCUAUGCUAAAUCAUAUUCUUGGGUUAUUCUUGGGCCAACUAUGAAAACUUUAUAGGUAUUCAUUGAAUAUAGUCAGAAAAAUUGUAGUAAAAGAACUAGUAGCUUUAUUUUUUAGAACAAAGACAUCCAGGGCCCACAAAGUAAAUCACUUGGAUAGUGUGCUGCUUUGGCAUGUGUGUGACCCAGGCUCAGGCUUCACCCUCACUGCACUGAAGGACGCUUUGUUGCUGUAGUCUCUUUCACUUUCUAUGUCUGACUUCAGACAUAGAGGGAAAAGAAAAAGGUAUCUAAGCUAUUACCUGUUGAACUGUUGAUAGAGUUAAAAUUUAUAGUUUAGAAUAGAAUUCAUAUUUUUGUGCUUCUUUAUGCUUCUUGAUAUCUUCUCUCUCUCUUUUCUGUAACUAGGAAGUAGCUUUAUCCUCUCAAAAAACUAUUUAAAAUUUCUGAAUUAAGUGGCUGUUUCUGUACCAGCUCUUGUUUUUAAGUUAGAUAUAAAGUCAAAUUUGGUGGUUUCAGCAAAAAAUAUAUAUAUAUAUAGUGGAGAACAUUUGAUUUCACCAUCAAAGUAUGCAUUUAGAAUGAAAAUUUUUCAGUUAGUUUUCCCUUUGUAAGUCUAAAUAGAUACGGAAAAUUGGUUGACAUAUAUGUAAAUAUACUGCAUUUAAAAAAAAUUAAUGUUUUCUGUUAAACACUGAUUUACUUGUAUUCUGUUCUUUGCAUUCACCAUUCAGUAAUACUACCAAUAAAUGUAUUUAUAAUCCUUUAA